AUGGCAGAAAGUAAGGAGCAUUUUCGACAUAUUAUGCUUUUUUAUUUUCGAAAAGGCAAGAAAGCUUCGCAGACACAUAAAAAAAUAUGUUCUGUGUAUGAUGAGGGAACCAUUGAUGAUUCCACGUGCCGUAAGUGGUUUAGAAAGUUUCGUGAAAGCAAUUUUAACCUUAGCGAUGCACCACGUUCUGGACGACCAGCCGAGGCUGAUGACGACAAAAUAUUGGCACUAAUUGAAAGUGAUCGACACAAAACAACUCGAGAGAUUGGAGAAAUUCUUGGAAUCAAUCAGUCAACAGUGUCAAGGCGAUUACAUCAGCUUGGAAUGGUUAGCAAGGCUGAUGUAUGGCCGCAUGAGUUAACAGAAAAAAAUUUGAUAGACCGAAUUUCUGCUUGCGAUUCUCUAUUGAAGCGCAAUGAAAUCGAUCCAUUUUUAAAGCGAAUCAUUACAGGUGAUGAAAAAUGGAUUGUGUACAAUAAUAUUAAACGUAAAAGAUCGUGGUGUAAGCACGGAGAUGCUCCUUCAACCAGCGCAAAAGCCAGUUUACAUCCAAAGAAGGUUAUGCUAUGCAUUUGGUGGGACUGGAAGGGAAUCAUUUAUUAUGAGCUGUUACCUGAAAAUCAGACCAUUAAUUCAGAGAAAUACUGUUCACAACUAAGUGAAUUAAAGCGAGCAAUUGACCAGAAGCGACCUGAAUUAGCCAACAGAAAGGGCAUUGUGUUCCAUCAAGACAACGCUAGACCACACGUGUCUUUGGCCACCCGACAAAAACUUUUACAACUUGAUUGGGAUGUUUUGGUCCAUCCACCAUACUCUCCUGACCUUGCACCCUCUGACUACCAUUUAUUUAAAUCACUUCAAAACAGCUUAGAUGGUAAAAACUUUACUUCCUUGGAAGACUUGAAAAAUCACUUGGAUCAAUUUUUUAGCCAGAAAUCUCAGAAAUUCUAUGAGCACGGGAUUAUGCAGCUACCGGAAAGAUGGAGAAAGGUUAUCGAACAGAAUGGCACAUACUAUAUUGAUUAA